UUAUUCCUUUGAAUCCAUAAAAUGACCUUAAAGAAAGCAUUCAGGCCUCCGAAGAGAGAAUGCACUUUCUGGCCAGAGCAUGCAGGAUUCUUUUGCCCAACAGGUUAAAGGGAGCAGAGCUGGCACAGUGGAAAUGGCCCUGGUGCCCUAUGAGGAGACCGGGGGAAUGGGGUUGCAGAAAUUCCACAAGCCUCUUGCCACCUUCUCCUUCGCAAACCACACCAUCCAGAUCCGCCAGGACUGGAGGCAACUGGGAGUCGCAGCCGUGGUUUGGGACGCGGCUGUCGUCCUCUCCACGUACCUGGAGAUGGGAGCCGUGGAGCUCAGGGGCCGCUCUGCUGUGGAGCUGGGUGCUGGAACGGGGCUGGUGGGCAUCGUGGCUGCCCUGCUGGGUGCUCAGGUGACUAUCACGGAUCGAAAAGUAGCAUUAGAAUUUCUUAAAUCAAAUGUUGAAGCCAACUUACCUCUGCAUAUCCAACCCAAAGCCGUGGUUAAGGAGCUGACUUGGGGACAGGAUUUGGGGAGCUUUUCACCUGGAGAGUUUGACUUGAUACUUGGAGCUGAUAUCAUAUAUUUAGAAGAAACAUUCACAGACCUCCUUCAAACUUUGGUGCAUCUCUGUGGCAACCACUCCGUGAUUCUUUUAGCUUGCCGAAUCCGCUAUGAACGGGAUAACAACUUCCUAGCGAUGCUGGAGAGGCAAUUUACCAAUGCUCCCAGGACAAAGGAGGCACUUCUCCCCUCUAUAAACACCCAUCAGUCUGGCUACUAUGCCCAAGGAAAACCCAAAGCUCACCCACAAGAAGACAACGAGGAUGGUGAUGAGGAAUCAAAGCUACACCAUAUAAGAAAUGACUGAAGAAAAAUAGGCAAUUGUUUGGUCUGAUCUUUUUUUUUUUU